CCCAUAUUUGCAAAACAUGGAGACCCCAGAGUUGUCCACAACGCUUCCCAUCAUCACUUCCAUCCUCUUAAUCCUCUUCAUAAAAAAGCUCUGGUUCCAAAAAAAUAGCAGUGCAUAUAAUCUCCCUCCAGGUCCGUGGAAACUCCCCAUAAUUGGAAGCCUGCACCACCUCAUGGGCGAGCAAGUUCACCACCGGUUGAGAAGGCUCGCAAAUACAUACGGCCCUCUCUUCCACCUCAAACUCGGUGAGGUCGACCUCAUGGUCAUCACAUCACCAGAGCUCGCAGCUGAAUCCAUGAAAUCGCAUGACUUGAGCUUCGCUUCCCGGCCUCAGUUCAUGGGGAGCAAGAUCAUUCUCUAUAACAAUGGCGACAUCGUCUUUGCUCCUUACGGCAAACUGUGGGCGCAGCUACGUAAAAUAUGCACGAUUGAAUUGUUUAGCUCCAAGCGCGUCAAGCAUUUCAGAACCAUCAUGGAUGAAGAAGGUAACAAUCUCAUUGAGAAAAUUAGAGCGGCGGAUGGAUUAACUGUGAACAUGACAGAGUUGCUUUUAUCCGUCGCAAACACGACUAUUUCUCGGACUACUUUUGGAAAGGAGUGCACUCACCAGCACAAAAUAUUUUCGGCAGUUAAAGACACGUUCAAAUAUAUGUCUGGUUUUGACUUGGCUGAUUUAUUUCCAUCGUAUAGUUUUUUGGGUGAAAUUAAUGGCAUGAGGCGUCAUUUGUUAAAAGUUCAUAAAGUUUUGGAUACAGUCUUGGAUGAGGUGUUUGAGGAACAUAAAACGAAGAGCAUUAGUAACAGUAUUAAUGAGCCGGAUGAGGAUCUGGUUGAUGUUCUGCUGCGAUUGAAGAAUACAGGGGAGCUGGAUGCAUCGGUAACAAUGGAUAACCUCAAGGGUGUUGUUGUUGAUUUGAUUUUGGGAGGAACAGAAACCACAUCUGCUAUCAUGGAGUGGGCCAUGGCUGAACUCGUUAGACAUCCUGAGGCUAUGCGUAAGGCUCAAUUAGAGGUAAGGGAGACAUUUAAAGGAAGGACUAAGUUACAUGAAAGUGAUAUCACCAAUCUUCCUUAUUUAACAAUGGUUAUCAAAGAAAUUCUUCGAGUACGACCACCUGCUCCAAUCCUAGUGCCCAGAUAUUGCUCUGAAACAGUCGAGCUCGGCGGGUACACAAUACCAGCUGGAAGUAGACUUUUGAUUAAUGCUUGGGCCAUCAUGAGAGAUCCAAAGUUUUGGAAAGAUCCCGAUACUUUUAUACCAGAGAGGGUUGAAGAAGAUGAGCAAGAUUUCAAUGCUUCUCGUUUUCAAUACAUGCCCUUUGGUGGAGGGCGAAGGAUUUGUCCAGGGGCAACUUUUGGUUUGGUCAGCAUUGAAAUUGUGCUUGCCAAACUUCUCUAUCACUUUGAUUGGACCCUUCCAGGGGGCAAAAGGCUAGAGGAUUUGGACAUGGAAGAAUCAAUUGGCUUGGCCUUGACUAGGAAAAAUCCAUUACUCCUAGUUGCAUCUCCACAUAAAUAGUUCAAUAGUAUCUUCAACUUCGGGGUUGUUUCCCUUGUCUUUUUAUUUAACUAGUUUUUCUUGUACAUUCUAUGCAAUGCACUUUUGACCCAGUGUGAAAGCUAAUUCUAAAGAUCCUUUUGAGUCUGUACUGGUAAUUAAA